AAAAAGAUUUCACUCCAGAGAUACCACAUCCAUCCCCAACCCCUGUUUUCGCGCCAAUGCACCGCCAUGGGACGCCGGAAAACGAUGACGAUGGACUGGGACGGCCUUGGCGAUGUUGACGACGAUGAUGCCUUCUUCGAGUCAUACAGCCGCCUCUCCACCGCCGCCCCCCUCGACCUGGCCUCCUCCUCCGACGAUGACGACGACGAUUUCGACGACCCCCGCCUUUCCUUCGCCUCAGCCAUCUCCUCCGCUCCCUCGCGUCGAAACAGCCUUUCUCCCACGAUGGAUGCUGCUCAAGAUUACGGCGUAUGGAUGGCGGCCCCCAUCUCAAUUGACGAGCGCCGAAAGCGUUUGCUCCACGGCAUGGGUCUGGACGACGACAAAGAGUUCUCGAAAACCACGCCCGUGGAACUCGGUCAAUCAGUUUCAAAGCCCACCAACUCCAUUUCCUCCGAAAAAUCAACACUUCCGUCUACUUGCGCUAAUCCCGUUACCGUUACACCUAUCGUGUCAACGACGCCGAUUACUGAUUCAACGAUGCCGGUUUCUGAGACAACGACAGCCGUUGCCGUUUCGACAGAGAAGAUGUUUUCAGAGAACUCCUCUCAUCAAUUAGUUCUUGUUCGUUCGCGAUCCGAGGGAGACAUCGAGUUGUUCUCGUUGGAGAGGUCGAGAAGAGAACAUUUCAUCGGAAAGUGUUCGAAGCAGAGGUUGACGAGAACCGCGACGGAGGUGUUCGUCCACCGCGCUCCGCCGGGAACGAGAAACAGAGCGGUGUUGAGGGAUUCCGACGAAGCACCGCAGUCCAAGCCGAAAAGCGCGAAAGUUGAGGAUUCGGGAGUGCGAGCGUUUUUCCUGAUAAAGAACUUGGACACGGGGAAGGAGUUUAUUGUGAACGAAUGCACCGAAAGCGGUGCGUGGAACAGGCUGAGUGAUUUACAGACGGGGAGGCAGUUAACUAUGGAUGAGUUUGAAAAGACGGUGGGGAAAUCGCGCGUGGUUAACGAGCUUAUGCGACGCAGUACGAGGAACGAGAAUUUGUCGCGGAAGCUGACUUCGAGUUCGUACAUUUCAAGAAGUUUGAGGAUGAGCAAGAGAAGAGGGGUUGCAUUUCUGAAGAACAUAAAAGGUGUGGCGAGUGGGUUCAUUGGGGAGAGAGAGGCUGUUGGUAACGCAGCCGCCGCAACGGCGGCGGCGGAGAAGAGUCAGUGGGUGCGAGUGCGGCAGAGCGGGAAGUCGCACAAGGAGGUUUCGGCGUUGCAUCUGUGUCAGGAGCUUCAGGGGCACGACGGGUCGAUUUGGACGAUUAGGUUUAGUUUGGAUGGGAGGUUUCUGGCGAGUGCAGGUGAGGACAAGGUGAUACACGUGUGGGAAGUGCAGGAGUGUGAGCUUAUGUCGUUGAGGAUCGACGAGGGGAGUUUCACACCUAUUCACCCUUCCUUGCUUGCCUCCAACGACGGUUCGCCUUUCUCUCCGGCGGCGGCUGACAAGAAGAAGAAGGGCAAAUUCGGAACCAAAAAGGGCCCCGCCAUUCCUGACUAUGUUCAUGUUCCUGAAACUGUCUUCUCACUGUCCGACAAACCCUUCUGCACUUUCCAAGGACAUUUGGAUGAUGUUUUAGAUUUGUCAUGGUCGCGAUCUAAGCUACUUCUCUCAUCUUCAAUGGAUAAAACGGUCAGAUUAUGGAACUUGGAGACUAGGACUUGCUUGUACAGGUUUCCCCACAGUGACUAUGUAACCUGCAUACAAUUCAAUCCUCUCAAAGAUGAUGUUUUCAUAAGUGGUUCGCUGGACGCUAGGGUUAGAUUAUGGAGCAUUCCUGAACGCCAUGUUGUGGAUUGGAUUGAUAUCAAUGACAUGGUUACUGCAUUGUCGUUUACACCUGACGGUCAGGGUGCUAUUGUUGGUACCCACAAGGGCGGUUGUCGUACAUAUAGCACAAAAGAUUGCAAACUAACUCAAACAGGAACAAUUGAGAUUUCACAAAAGAAAUCCCAACUAAGAAAAGUCACUGGUUUUCAGGUAAUUCUUAUUUUCAUGUGCCACAAGCCAGAAUGGAUUUGA